UGAUGUUUUUAUCUUCCAGGCUCUUCUGGAAACACAGAACAUGUUGAGGUCGUACAUUUCUAACUUCACCUUUAACCUGGGAUUUUCUGGGAAAUUCUUCCAUACAGGUACACAGGAGGAAGAUGAUGGAGAUGAUCUGUUGUUGAAAUAUGUUGAUGAGUUCUGGUGGUUUCCUCAUAUGUGGAGUCAUAUGCAGCCUCAUCUCUUCCACAAUGAAUCCUCUCUGAUGGAACAAAUGGUCCUGAACAAAGACUUCGCUUUGGAGCAUGGUAUUCCAGUAGAUCUGGGAUAUGCAGUGGCCCCUCAUCAUUCUGGUGUAUAUCCAGUCCAUAUUCAGCUGUAUGAGGCUUGGAAGAAAGCAUGGGGGAUACGAGUGACCAGUACUGAGGAAUACCCACACCUCAAACCUGCACGCCACCGCAAGGGAUUUAUUCAUAAUAACAUCAUGGUGCUGCCCCGUCAGACAUGUGGUUUAUUCACACACACCAUCUUCUAUAAAGAGUAUCCGGGAGGCCCUAAAGAACUGGACAAAAGCAUACGAGGAGGAGAGCUGUUUCUGACCGUCCUUCUCAACCCUAUCAGUAUAUUUAUGACUCAUCUUUCCAACUAUGGGAACGACCGCUUGAGCUUGUAUACGUUCACUAACCUGGCUAACUUCCUGAAAUGCUGGACCAACCUGAGGCUACACACACUUCCUCCCCUGCAGCUCGCAAACAAGUACUUCACACUCUUCCCAGAACAGAGACCUCCGCUAUGGCAGAACCCAUGCGAUGAUAAACGGCAUAAGGACAUCUGGUCCAAAGAGAAGACCUGCGACAGGCUGCCCAAGUUUAUGGUGGUCGGGCCUCAGAAAACAGGGACGACAGCACUCUACCUCUUCCUGAUCAUGCAUCCCUUUAUCUCCAGCAACUUUCCCAGUGUGAAAACAUUCGAGGAAGUUCAGUUUUUCAACACCAACAACUACCACAAAGGCAUCGACUGGUACAUGGAGUUCUUUCCUGUACCCUCUAAUGUCAGCACAGAUUUCCUGUUUGAGAAGAGCGCAAAUUACUUUCCUUCUGAGGAGACGCCCAAACGAGCUGCUGCUCUAUUGCCUAAAGCCAAAAUCCUUACUCUGCUGAUUAACCCUUCAGACAGGGCAUACAGCUGGUACCAGCAUCAGAGGGCUCAUGAGGACCUAGCAGCAUUGCAGUUUAGUUUCUACGAAGUAAUUUCAGCAGACCAGCUUGCUCCACCUGAGCUGCGCUCUCUCCAGAACCGCUGUCUCGUACCUGGACUCUAUGCCACACACCUGGAGAGAUGGCUCACAUACUACCCUCCAAACCAGCUGAUAAUUAUUGAUGGACAGCAGCUGAGGAAUGACCCAGCUAAAGUGAUGGACGAGCUUCAGAAAUUUCUGGGUGUCACUCCCUAUUACAACUACUCCCAGGCACUCACGUUUGAUCCUCAGAAGGGGCUUUUGGUGUCAGCUGUUGGAAGGGGGCAGGACUAAAUGUUUGGGGGAAGAG